AUGCCCGCCGGCAGCACGCUCAUCUGUUAUGCAGAUGACACACUUGUGCUGGCUGGCGGGGGUGGGUGGCGAGAAGCUACAGACAAUGCAAAUAUCGCGGUUGCGUGUGCAGUAAGGGCGAUAGCGUCGCUGGGCAUGAAAAUGUCGGCUGGCAAGACUGAAGCCAUCUUUGUCCACGACGGCACCAAGGGGGAACCGCCGGAUAUGUACAUCAGCGUAGACGGAAUGCGGGUAAAGGUAGGCAAGCUGAUCAAAUAUCUCGGAUUGCAUAUUGACGGGAGAUGGUCAUUCAAGGACCACCUAACUGGACUUGGACCCAGGCUUGACGCGGCGGCCAAUACCCUAUCCAGGGUAAUGCUGAACCUAGGAGGGCCAAACGGCAGGGUUCGAAGAUUGUAUGGCAACAUUACAAAUUCGAUUGCCCUCUAUGGCGCCCCCAUAUGGGCAGAUGCGCUCAUUAAAGAGAAGGCAGCCGCGGCUGCACUGCGGAAAACGAAACGCCGGAUGGCAAUCCGAGCGAUCCGGGGAUACCGCACGGUAUCGAGGGCGGCGGCUACUCUAAUGGCUGGCAUCCCGCCCAUUGAGUUUGUCGCCAAAGCACACGCGGCGAUGUAUGAGAGGGUGGCCGAGUUGAAGCGGGCAGGAAUGCCGGCUCAUGACAGAGUUAAGAGGGCAAUAGCCCUUCAACUCAAGUGGGACACUAGGAAGGAGUGGAGGUGCUGGCUCGAGCGGCCCGACGUGCGGGUCAACGGACAGUGA